UUAAUGACCGGACGGCCACCCCAUGUAAUGUCAAGUGUAGAACCCCCAACUCGCAUUUAACGGGUCAGAGAGGCCCCUCUCCCGACAAACCCGAGGGCACCAUUCCUCGAUUUGCGAGGCCCAAGGUAUUGAGAAAGAGAGGUGGUGGGGUGGGCGCGAGUGGCGUGUGACCGGGUCUCUCGGGGCAGCAAGGCCCUGGCCACCACCUCACUUGCGUGCUCGAGGCGAGGCGAGCCCAGACAAUGCUGAAACAGCCGCAGGACGACGAGGAAGACGACGACAACAGAGAGGAGGAGAAGGAGAAAGACGAAGACGACAAGGUUGCGGUGGUGGCUUCUUCGUGGGAAUCGAAGGUGCGAAGAUCCCAACAGCAAAAGCUCGAGCAAGAGCAAGCAAUUGGAGGGAUCCUUUGUAUGUUGGGCGGCGGAAACAUCGAUCAUGAGGAAUGUGAGAGUGGUGCUCCUCCUCCUCCUCCUCCACUUGCGUGGGCCGAGAAGGUGCUUGCGAACGGGGACUUCUACACGGGGCUGUGGUCGGAGGGCCUGCCCCACGGGUCCGGCAAGUACCUCUGGACGGAUGGGUGCAUGUACGAAGGCGACUGGUGUCGCGGGAGGACCACCGGCAAAGGCAAGUUCUCGUGGCCGUCGGGGGCCACGUACGAGGGGGAGUUCAAGAACGGCUUCAUGGAUGGGGACGGCACAUACACAGGGGCGAGUGGGGACACUUACCAUGGGCGGUGGUCCAUGAAUCUGAAGCACGGCCAUGGCUUCAAGAGCUAUGCCAAUGGCGACUACCACGAGGGCUCCUGGCGGCACGGCGUUCAGGAAGGGAAGGGCAGAUAUGUGUGGCGGAACGGGAACGAGUAUGUCGGGGAGUGGAAGGGAGGGGUAAUGCACGGCAGAGGAUACUUGCUCUGGGCAAAUGGGAAUCGAUUCGAUGGAGAAUGGGAGGAAGGGGAACCCAAAGGCCAUGGCGUGUUCACAUGGGCGGAUGGGAGCUGCUAUGUGGGGACGUGGAGUCGUGACCCGAGGGAGCAGAGCGGGACGUAUUACCCAUCCCGCGGAUCGGCUGGGGGCGGCGGGGGUUGGGAUCAGCAGGAUACCAUUCUGACGGAGAUGAUGGAUUGUAAGGUUUCGCCUGGGGAGACGGUGUCGAUAUUGCCGUCCCAGAAGAUGAUGAGCUGGACGGGGGCCGAGGCCGAAUUCAUGCAUAAGCAGGCAGUGUGGCGGUCUUCGAGGGUGGCCGACAGCAGCGGCAAACCGCCAGUUACAGGGAUGGGGAGGAGGAGGGGGUCAGUGGAUGGGAUAAGGAGAGAGAAGGGAUUCGAUAGGUUUUGUAUAUGGGAGACUGAGGGGGAUAUUACGUGUGAGGUAGUUGACAGGAGCAGUGGCAGUGGUGGUGGUGGUGGCGGAAAUGAUGAUUUAGCAAUGCUGAAUAAUGGUAAUUAUAAUAACAACAAUAAUGUUAGCCAUCCGAGUAGUAGGCAGUCGAGGAUGGUGGCGCCUCUGGUUAAGGAGGCGAAGAGGCAGGGGGAGACGAUUAAGAAAGGACAUAAAAAUUACGAGCUCAUGCUUAAUUUGCAGCUGGGGAUCACGCAUUCAGUUGGCAAACCUGCUCCAGCCCAAUCACGUGAUCUUCGUGCAUCUGACUUUGACCCUAAAGAAAGAAUAUGGACACGGUUCCCUCCUGAAGGAUCAAAGCAUACUCCGCCCCACCAGUCUAUUGAGUUUAGAUGGAAGGACUAUUGCCCAUUAGUAUUCAGGUAUCUUCGAAGGCUGUUCAAAAUUGAUGCCGCCGACUAUAUGUUAUCCUUAUGCGGGAAUGAUGCCCUUCGAGAGCUGUCUUCUCCUGGGAAAAGUGGAAGCUUUUUCUACUUGACACAUGAUGACCGUUACAUGAUCAAGACAAUGAAAAAAUCGGAAGUAAAAGUUCUUCUUAGAAUGCUCCCGAGCUAUUAUAAUCAUGUACGUGCCUAUGAGAAUACCCUGGUUACCAAGUUCUUUGGCCUUCACUGUGUCAAAGCAGCGGGGGGUCAAAAGGUCCGAUUCAUAAUUAUGGGCAACCUUUUCUGUUCGGAAUACCAUAUACACCGGCGUUUUGAUCUCAAAGGUUCUUCUCAUGGUCGUAUAACUGAUAAGCCUGAAGCAGAGAUUGAUGAGACCACCACUCUGAAAGACCUUGACCUCAACUUCGUAUUCAGAUUGCAAAAGUCCUGGUUUCAAGAACUUCGCAGGCAAGUAGAUCGGGAUUGUGAGUUUCUAGAAACUGAGAGAAUUAUGGAUUACAGUCUGUUGGUUGGUCUUCAUUUCUUAGACAGCAAUGGAAGACUAUCCGGACAAAGAACUUCUUCAUUAGGGGAUCUCGAUCUAUUGAUGGAAGCAACAGUUUAUCGGCUUUCAAGGCCAGAAACAAGAGAAAUGGAUCAGUUUCUUCUUGACCCCAAUAAGAGGUCAUCGACGAGGCUUGGUAUUAACUUGCCGGCACGGGUGGAGCACACUGUUAGGAGAAGCGACUGUGACCAGCUGAUUGGCGAACCAACAGGAGAGCUAUGUGAUGUGAUCAUUUUCUUUGGCAUCAUAGACAUACUCCAAGACUAUGAUAUCAGUAAGAAGCUGGAACAUGCAUAUAAAUCAAUCCAGUAUGACCCCACCUCCAUAUCAGCAGUUGACCCUAGGCAAUAUUCCAGGCGUUUCAGGGAUUUCAUAUAUCGGGUCUUUGUCGAAGAUACAUGACCCAACUGGCCAGAGCAGUUAUGUUUACUUGGGCUCAUUUUUUCCCUCUUAUGAAUCUUUGGCCAAGAAUUAAUGGGAUUUUGUUUUGAAGGAAUUUCAUUCAGGGCCUGGAUCCAGCUAGUGCUCAGCAGCCACUUCACCAAGUUACAUUACGAGGAAUAUUUCGGGAUUAAAAGUGGCUGUGUUCAUGCUGGCAUGGGCUUUCGGGCAUGGUUCAAGAGCCUCUGUAAAGGCCAUAUAGUGCCCGUUGGCUUCUCACUAGAAAAGCUCUGGUUGGGUGGCCUGCUUGAAUUGUAAAUGUAUUUCUUGUUUACCAGAGGGUAAAUAUGUAUCCAAAAUUAUUCUUUCUUUUUCUCCUUUUCUUUGAUUAUUAUAUGCACCCCAUUUUUUUUCUCAGAAGAAGCUCCAUAGUCUCUGGGGAUUUUGUUACCUACUGGAAUAAGGAUGUACAGUGGAAUCGGUUUUACCUGAAAUGAAUGAAUCAUCAACUCACUCUUACCUUCU